AACGAAAUAUCCAGACGGUUCCUCGCGCGGAAAUACUCGAAACAUCUGGAGAACACGAGAACUUUUUUCCUCUGCCGGUUUCGUUCAUAUAAAAGGCGAAAUCUGGCCUCCUCUGUUUCUCCAUAACAAAAAGUUGAGUGUGAUCACAUUCAAGACAGAGAGCUCAAAUAUUUGAUUCGCUUGUUUUGGGUUUGCGGAACGAUUCUGAGCUGGUAACUUAGUCAUUUGGAUUGUGGGUAGUCUGGAAGGAUUUUUCUGCUUCUGUACUCUGAAAACAUACUAUUAUAUUUGAGUUCUGUUUUGUUUCUUCAUCGGCAGCUUAGUUUGUAAGCUGUUUUCUUGCUCACAACUCUUGGUUAGAUAACUACUGCCAAAAUUGGUGAAAAUGUUGCCUGCUUAUAGAUGCAUGGAGUCACAUCCCCAUGAGGGGAAUCGAAAUGGAACCCCGUUUUUCCAACACUACCAUCCAAGCUUUGAAGCUAUCCCGUCUUAUAUGAAGGUUGAACCUGGAAAAAAUCCUCUCCCGUAUGAAUCAUGGCCCUAUACGGGUAACUAUGGCUACACACUACCAUGUCAUGCAUGCUGCAACCACAACUACUUCCCUAGUUACUAUAGUUUUAGACGUCCUUAUCAUCAUAAUCUACCAGAUUCGCCUUCUAGUUGUAUUGGGGGCUAUCCUGCGUUCCCUGGAUACUACCCUGUUUAUUAUGUUCCCCCUCAUUAUUCGGUGGAGCAGCCUCGGUAUGUAAGUGAGAAGAAUGUGCCGAAAACCUAUUAUUGCUGUGGCUGUACUAGUCACGUGUACAAUUUGAAGGAAGGCAAAAGUUUGAAGAUUGAAGAACAGGAGCCAGAUCUUCAAAAGAUGGGUAGUGCUUCUUUGGUUCCCACAGAGUUAAAAAACAGUCCAUAUCAAAUUGUGUGGAUGCCACCUGGAUUUGCAAGGAAUAAUGAGAAUCAAAUGCCUCUUGAAUCCAAGGUGAAGGAUGAGGGCAGGACUCUGUGUGAUGCAAAGCCCCCUGAAAGGGGGGCACAGGAGCCUGUGUAUGGGUGGUUUCCGCUCGACUUGAACAGGUUAGGAUCUUUGAAACACCGGGGGGGGGGGGGGGGGGGUGACAAGUUAACUCAAAAUCACCAAGAUGGGCAGGUGAAUAACCCAUUCCCUUAUCCUAUCAUUUGGAUGCCAUCUUCUCAUAAAUCAGAGGAAACUGAGAGAAAGGAAUCUGGGGAGACAAAUAAUGCUCCGAAAUCCGUUGAAGAACAACCUUCUAAUUUCAAGAUUAUUUCGGUGAAGGUCCCAGACAGUGAGAAUGGCAUGACCAAACCAGAUAUGGAUGGAGAGAAUUCUGGUGGCGUAAAGGUGAAGGACAAGAUUUUUAAUCUCAAAGAUGCUCCUGUUAAGCAAAUGGAGCAGCCCAAGGAUAAGGAUCCGGAUGGCAAUAGUGGACAACCUAGAGAAAUUCCAGUGAAGCCCAUCAAAAGUAAUGGAGAGAAGGAACCACACGAAAAUGGUGCUAAAAGACAUUCAUCCCCACCAAAGAUAUCCAAGUUACCUCCUGUUUGUCUGAGAGUUGAUCCUCUGCCAAGGAAGAAAAAUGGUAAUGGCAGUUCAAGGUCUCCUAGCCCCCCAGGUAACAGAGAGAAGUUGGGAGAAGUCUUCACUGAGACUUCUAAGUUGCCCAACUUGUCAGGCUUAGAAGAAAAGGUCAUGAAGGAUCUGCAAGUUCAGCACUCUGCUAUUGAUGAAAGCAAGAUGAAACCAAGCAAAAAUGGAGGAACUGUUAUUGAUGUGAUGGUGGGGAAGGCUGACCAAACUCACGAAAGCAGUAAUGAAGCGUUGCAGAAUGGUUCCCAGGGUCAGGUUCCUGCUAAUCUGUCAAUUAAUUCUCAUGUAGAUGGUGGAACAUGUAUUGUUGAAUCUCAAAUAGAAGCAGCUCCAGUGGAAUCAAUUAAAGUGGAGAAAUCAGUAAAUAAUGCUGAAUCUGGUGAUUAUAAUUGUAAUAUUGAAAAUGAUGGAGCAAGGGAGAUGCAGCAGCAGAAAUUUGAGGAAGACAACAAAAUAAGCAAACAAAGCUUGACAACCAUAGCAGCAGCUGUGAUAAUUCAGUCUGCCUUUCGUGGAUUCAAAGUGCGGAAGUGGGAACCGUUGAAGAAACUGAAGCAAAUUGCUGAAGUCUGUGACCAGUUAGCUGAGAUUAGGAGUCGAGUCCAAGCUCUGGAGUACUCAAAUCUUGGGACGGACAACAAGGAAAGAGCGGUAAUUGGGGAAACUAUAAUGAGUUUGUUGUUGAAACUGGACACUAUUCAGGGCUUGCACCUGGCCAUUAGGGAAAUCAGAAAAUCCGCUGCAAGGGAGCUCACCAGCUUGCAGGAGAAGCUUGACUCUCUGGUAAUUGAGAGUACUGAAGAAUUCGCUGAGAAGAUUUCUGCUGUUGAUAAUAUUUGUGGUUGUGCAUGUGAGGGUGUCAGGUCACAUGAAGGACAAAUCAAGCAGUUGGAGGAAGGUGAGCAUACCUGUUCUGAAAGCAACUGCGGUAAAAACUCUUCCCAUGCCGCUGAUGAUGACUGUUGCCGAGGCAAGGAAACCUUAGGGGCUACAUCAGUUAACAAUGUUGAUAGGAAAGUAAAAUCAUCUGAGACAGAUGGCAUCGAGCCUAAACUAGCAGGCUUAGAACCAUUUGUGAAAGCGGAAGGGAAGGAGGCUCCUGGAAAGCUUGAUGCUGGUCAUGCAGUGAUGACAGAGGUACAGAAGGGGGACUCUGAUCUGGAGCAUUCAGUUGAACUUCGAUCAGGUGUAGGGAAGAGGAUCAAUUCUAAGAUGGAGUUGCAUGAAAAUGAACAAAUGGAAGCCUCAACUGAUUUACAAGAAAAGGAACUACUGCUGGCUGUGGCUGAUAAUUCAACACCAGCAGACAAAGCUUUAGAAGUCAAUCAGCAGGUGGAAGAUGAGGAGCCUCUUCUUCCCGAGUCUGCAAAGCAUGAACCUGUUGAAGCAAGGGAGACUCAGGUCCAACAUAAUGGAGAUGCUGUAUCCAAUGAGGCAGCUGAUGUCAUGCUACAGGGUAAAGAAGGUUCAUUAAUGAGCCAAUUAGACCAGCAGUUGCUGGGAUCACGUAAGGGAGGAGCAGUCAUGGCAGAAUUGGAGUCGGUGGGUGUGAGGUUGGGAAAAUCUGAUGAAAUCCUUGGGAAUAAGGGACCAGAGGAGCUACUGGAGCAAUCCCAAACAGAGGAGGUUAGACAUGUGAAUGGGAUUGCUGAAGUAUCUCAACCAGAGGAAUCCCAAGCAUUGUUUCCAUCGCCAGAUGGAGAGAAUCAUGACAAUGAACUCAGACAUGUGAAUGGGAUUGCUGAAGUAUCUCAACAAGAGGAAUCCCAAGGAUUGCUUCCAUUGCCAGAUAGAGAAAAUCAUGACAAUGAACUCAUUGCUGAAGCAUCUUAUCCAGAGGAAUCCCAAGCAUUGCUUCCAAUGCCGGAUAGAGAGAAUCACAACGAUGAACCGACAGAAGAGCAAAAAAGUGAUGGCCUAGAAUAUGACCUCUCUUCUGCAUCUGCAAGUAGAGGGAUUGCCUCUGAAGAGAAGGCAAUGUGGGCUGAGAAUUCCAAAGAAGGCGGCCCCAAUGACCCAACAAAUGGAGUGGAGGAAGAUAAGGAAGGGCAGGAAAAAACUAGCACAGUUUACACGCCCUAUUUGGAGCCUGCUGAUAUUUUCUUUGCUUCCAAAGAGACAGAAGGGCUAGUUGAGGAAACGAAAAGAGACGCUGAAAACCAGCCAGUAGCAACUGGAGAGGAUGAUGAUGAGCAGCUGGAGGGGGAAAUGGAAACCCUGGAAUUGCAACCUGGGGUAGGCAAAGAUGAAAUGGUUGUACAGCCUAUGUUAAAAAAUACUGAAGAUGAUGAUACAAAUCAUCUGGCCCCAACAGGAGAGGAGGAAGAAGAGCUGGAUGGGCCAAAAGUAGAAUCCCAGGAGCUGGCAUCUAUGACUGAAAAUGCCAAAAUGCAUGUCCGUCUCAACGAGUCUGAGGCCAAGGUCCUGACCAGGACACACAGCGGUGCACAACUCCCUGAAGAGAAAAGGGAGCUUUUCCCUGUUUUACAUACUUCCAAGCAAAUCCCUCUUGAAGAACAUGACUUGGGGAAGGGGAGCAGUCAUAUGCUACUGGAAGAAAACAAGAAAUUGAGGGAGAUGAUGGAAAAGCUGAUGGAGGAAGGGAAAGAACAGUUGACAGUAAUAUCUCGCCUGACAGGUAGGGUUAAAGAUUUGGAGAGAAAGUUGGGGAGGAAGAACAGACUGAGGACGAGGCCGUUUAGAGCAUCAGCAUCAGAAGCAUCUGCAUGUUCUUGUGCCAGAGCACUGAAAAAAUAGUUAAGGCAAUAGGCGUUGCUAUGUAAACAAAUGAAGUGUCGUACAGUUGAAUACACUUGUAAAUGUGCGCAUGUGUGAGGUGGCGUCUUAGCCGCCUGAUCACUGCUAUUUUUCUUCUUUUUCCUUGUUCAUGUAAUUAACGUAGUCUGUGUUCAUCUGCAGAGCUGCUUGUAUUUUUCCGAGAGAUCUGGUAAUAAAAUAUGAUCUUCAUUUGGAAUGAGGCA